AUGACGGACGCUUGCGACAUUGGUCUCAUUGGGCUUGCUGUUAUGGGGCAAAACCUCAGCAUGAACAUCGCUAGUAACGGAUUUAAAAUAGGAGUAUACAAUAGAACUUAUGAAAGAACAACUGAAACAUUAAAGAGAGCCAAGGAAGAAAAUUUAGUAAUUUAUGGAUAUAAAACACUAGAAGAGCUAAUAAAAAAUUUAAAAAAGCCUCGAAAAAUUAUAUUAUUAAUAAAAGCAGGGCCUGCAGUUGAUGAAAAUAUAAAUAAUAUAUUAAAAUAUUAUGAAAAGGGUGAUAUAAUAAUAGAUGGAGGUAAUGAAUGGUAUUUAAAUUCAGAAAAAAGAAUAAAAAUGUGUGCUGAAAAAAAUGUAGAAUAUUUAGCUAUGGGAGUUAGUGGAGGUGAAGCAGGUGCACGAUAUGGUUGCUCUUUUAUGCCUGGAGGAUCAAAAUAUGCAUAUGAUAAUGUAGAAGAAAUAUUAAAAAAAUGUUCUGCUAAAGUUAAUUCAUCACCAUGUGUUACAUAUAUAGGUCAAGGGUCAUCAGGAAAUUAUGUUAAGAUGGUGCAUAAUGGCAUAGAAUAUGGUGAUAUGCAAUUAAUAUCAGAAAGUUAUUUUAUUAUGAAACAUAUAUUAAAAUAUGAUAAUAAAAAAUUAGCAGAAGUAUUUAAAAAAUGGAAUGAAGGUAUAUUAAACUCUUAUUUAAUUGAAAUAACGUCAAAAAUAUUAGAUAAAAAAGAUGAUUUAACAGAUAAUUAUUUAGUAGAUCUUAUAUUGGAUGUAGCUGGUGCUAAAGGAACUGGAAAAUGGACUAUGCUCGAAUCUAUUGAAAGAGGUAUUCCUUGCCCAACUAUUUGUGCUGCAUUAGAUGCCCGUAAUUUAAGUGCUUACAAAGAAUUAAGAAUAAAUGCAAAUAAUAAUUUUUCUAAUGAAAUAAAAAUUAAUAAUACAAAUGAAGAUUUAAGCAAUUUUGAAAAUGAUCUACUAAAUGCUUUGUAUUGUUGUAAAAUUAUUUCAUACACCCAAGGAUUAUUUUUAUUAAAGCAAGUCUCAAAAGAAAUGAAUUGGAACUUAAAUUUAGGAGAAAUAUCAAGAAUAUGGAGAGGUGGAUGUAUAAUAAGAGCUAUUUUUCUAGAUCGUAUAACUAAUGCAUAUAAAAAUAAUAGUUCUUUAGAAUUAUUGUUUAUGGAUAAAGAAUUUUCCGACGAAAUGAAAAAUAAAUUACCAUCCUUAAGAAAAAUUGUAAACAUAGCUGUACAAUGCUCUAUUCCUAUCCCUGCUUUUUCUGCAAGUUUAGCCUAUUUUCAAAUGAUAUCAUCAAAAAAUUUACCCCUUAAUUUGGUCCAAGCACAAAGAGAUUUUUUUGGAUCGCACACAUAUAAAAGAAUUGACAGAGAUGGUGACUAUCAUACUCAAUGGGAAUAA